GAUUUGGAAAUCCAUGGACAUAUGUUCUUCGAGAUGUUGUUCAAUUCGCUGAUUCUAUUGAUACAGCAUUAACUAUGCUUGUGAAUGCACAUCGAACAUGUUCCAUUCAUCUUGGUCUUGGUUCAUACGAACGUAAUGCAUCUGUUCAUAGUGAUGAAAAUGUUGGAUUUCGUGGCAUUGAAUAUAGUGCAAAAGAAUUUAAUGUUUUUAACUGGGAAGAUAUGUAUAACACAAAAAAUCAUCCAAUAUUAAAAGAUGUUAUUUAUUGGGAUAAACAUGUUCAACCAUCAGAUAAUCCAUGUUUAGGUAGUUUAUUAGUUGAUCAUUAUGGUCGUAUUAAUGCACCAACUAUCAUUCGAAAUAUUACUAGUCUUUCGGAAACCGGUGAUGCACUUAACUUAAUACUUGAUUAUGGUGAAAAUGCUGCUUAUCUUGCUUACAGUGCACCUGAUGAUCCACAAGGACCAUUAGAAGCUUUUAAUCGAGUUCAUACAAGACUUGAUAUGGCUAAACUAUUUGCUGAACCAGCACCAAAAUAA